AUGUGCUUCAUGCUGGACGCGAGGGAGGGCGACAACACCGGCUUCGUCCAGUUCCCGCAGCGGUUCGAGAACGUCGACCCCACGGACCGGUACGGCAACCACAACAGGGUCUUCUUCGACGGCGCCAUGUACGCGCUCAACGGCCUCCAGGGGCCGACGUACCUCGGCACCGGCUGCAUGUUCCGCCGCCUCGCGCUCUACGGCGUCGACCCGCCUCGCUGGAGAUCCGACGAGGACAUCACGGUUGACAGCGACAAGUUCGGUAACUCCGUGCUCUUCUUGAACUCGGUCUUGGCAGCUCUGAAGCAGGAGCGCCGCAUCGCGCCUCCUGAGCUAGACGAGGCGUUCCUCGCCGAGAUGACCAUGGUCGUGUCGUCGUCGUACGACCAAGGGACGCACUGGGGCAGCAGCGUUGGGUACAUAUACAACAUUGCAACCGAGGACAUAGUGACCGGCUAUCGCAUCCACGGGCAAGGGUGGCGCUCCAUGUACUGCAGCAUGGAGCGUGAGGCCUUCCAAGGCACUGCACCGAUCAACCUCACCGAGCGCCUCUACCAGAUCGUCCGGUGGUCCGGUGGAUCCAUGGAGGUGUUCUUCUCCCCUUACAACCCGCUGCUCUCCGGCCGCCGUCUGCACCUCCUGCAGCGGGCGGCGUACCUGAACUUCACCAUCUACCCUGUCACGUCCGUCUUCGUCCUGCUCUACGCCUUCUGUCCGGUGAUGUGGCUGAUCCCGGCUGAAAUCAUCAUUCAGAGGCCGUUCACUAGCUAUGUGCUGUACCUCGUCGUCGUCGUCGGCCUAAUCCACACCAUCGGCGUCUUCGAGAUAAAGUGGGCAGGGAUCAAGUGGAACGACUGGUGGCGCAACGAGCAGUUCUUCAUGAUCGCCUCCAUGAGCGCGUACCCGACGGCGGUGCUGCACAUGGUGGUGAAGCCCAUCACGGGGAAGGGCAUCCACUUCAGGGUCACCUCGAAGCAGACGACGACGACGGCAGCUGACGACGACGGCGACGACAGGUACGCCGACAUGUACGAGAUGCGGUGGGUGCCCAUGCUGAUCCCGCCGGCGGUGGUGUUGUUCUCCAAUGUCAUGGCCAUCGGCGUGGCUCUGGGCAAAGCGGUCGUGUACAACGGAGCGUGGUCUGCGGUGCAGAAGAGGCAUGCGGCUCUGGGUAUUCUCUUCAACGUGUGGAUCAUGGCGCUCCUCUAUCCUUUUGGGUUGGCGGUUAUGGGCCGGUGGAGCAAGAAACCUGGCAUCCUCUUCGUCUUGUUGCCGCUGGCAUUUGUGGUCAUUGCAGCUGUGUACAUUUGUGCUCAUUCUUUUCUUGUCAAAUUUCUUCCAUUUAUGGUGAUAUAG